AGCUGACUCACCAAAACCAAGUUUGCCAUUGUUCUGUGGAUGUGUUUUGGUGUCGGUUGCUGUCGAUAUUUUGAGUUUAAUAUUUAUUUAUUUAAAGUCUGCCGUUUCAGUUUGAGACUUAAAUAGUGAAAUAUGGCUGCCGCCGCCGCCGCAAAAAUUGCCGAAGUGCGCGAAACUACCCGCGUGGAGAGAAUCGGGGCCCAUUCGCAUAUCCGCGGCCUGGGCCUAGAUGACAGCCUCGAAGCAAGACAGGUUUCUCAGGGUAUGGUGGGGCAAGUCUCCGCCAGAAGGGCCAUCGGUAUUGUGUUGCAGAUGGUACGGGAGGGCAGGAUUGCGGGACGAGCUGUGUUGUUGGCCGGGCAACCAGGUACCGGUAAGACGGCGAUCGCUACAGCGUUGGCCGCCGCCCUGGGCUACGAUACCCCGUUCACGAGUAUGGCCGGCUCGGAAAUCUACUCCCUGGAGAUGAGCAAAACGGAGGCGCUCACGCAGGCCAUCAGAAAGAGUAUCGGUGUGAGGAUCAAGGAGGAGAGUGAAAUAAUCGAAGGCGAAGUCGUCGAGGUUCAAAUUGAGAGACCUGCGACGGGCGUCGGCGCCAAAGUCGGCAAACUGAUCCUCAAGACCACCGACAUGGAAACGAUAUACGAUCUGGGCGGCAAGAUGAUCGACAGCAUUUUGAAGGAAAAAGUGCAAUCGGGCGACGUCAUCACUGUCGACAAGGCAACCGGAAAGAUCACCCGGUUGGGGAGGUCGUUCGCCCGGGCCCGCGACUAUGAUGCCACGGGACAGCAGACCCGAUUUGUGCAGUGCCCCGAGGGCGAGUUGCAGAAACGCAAGGAGGUUGUCCACACAGUGACCCUUCACGAGAUCGACGUCAUAAACAGCAGGACCCACGGAUUUUUGGCACUAUUUUCCGGAGAUACGGGCGAAAUCAAGCCCGAGGUGAGGGAGCAGAUCAACGGGAAGGUGGCCGAGUGGCGGGAAGAGGGCAAGGCGGAGAUUAUACCGGGCGUUUUAUUUAUCGAUGAGGUCCACAUGCUCGACAUUGAGUGUUUCUCGUUCCUGAACCGUGCGCUGGAGAACGAAAUGGCGCCGAUCGUGAUAAUGGCGACGAAUCGGGGCAUAACCAAGAUCCGGGGCACCAACUACAAGUCUCCCCACGGCAUCCCGCUGGACCUCCUCGAUCGGACCAUCAUAGUGGCGACGAGCCCGUACGACGAAAAGGAACUCAGGGAGAUUUUGAGUAUCCGGUGCGAGGAAGAGGAUUGCCAAAUGUCGGACAACGCACUCACGGUGCUCACCAGAAUAUCAAAGGAGACGUCACUGCGUUACGGCAUGCAACUGAUCAUGACCUCCAGCUUGAUCGCGCGCAAGCGCAAGGCGCACGAGAUCGACGUUGACGACAUCAAAAGGGCGUACCAGUUGUUUUUCGACGAGGGUCGUUCUGUGCAAUUCCUGCGCGAGUACCAGCAGGAAUUUAUGUUUAACGAGGUGGAGGAACAGGAGAACAUGGAGACCAAUUAGGAGUACGCGCGUCCCCCCCCCACCUCGCGUUCUUGUGACAUGUUUUUUUUUUGUUGCUCAUUUUUAAUAAAAAAAAAAAAGAAUUAAAACACACUUAUUGCACCUAUCAGUAUAGCUCAUUAUACCAAUACCGAUUGGGGUGGAUCAAAAAAAUGAUUAUUUUUUCUUUUUGGAUCUGACAUACAAAAACCAGUUGCAAGUUACCUCUAGAAAGUGCUGACCGCGUAAGAGCUGUUAAUAUUUUAAUGCAAAGGUUAUCCUCAUCACAGUUUUGUACUUUCGAUUUGGUCUUAUGUUGAUAAUUUUUAUAAGAAAUGGAACGUUCUACAAAAAUGCUCUCUUAUACUUUUCCCAUAAAUCAAACUAUUUGAAAGAUGUUCGAUGUAAAAGAACUUGAAGAAAAACUUUUUGUUAGGAAUUUUGUCAUUGACAAAUGUUUUCAAUCAUUCUCGUCCACAAAAAAGGUCUCUUGUCUUACUCGAACCAUUUUGAACAUAUUUGCAUUGCAAUCCCAAUGGGUACUUAGAUUUAUAGUUUUUAAUAAAUAUUUUCUAUUUAUUCGUUAAAUUGACGAGUAUUCACGACAUUCAUAAAAAUUGGAGUUUAUUUUGAUAAAACGACAAGUUUU